UGUUCCAAUCCCCUCCAUAUCAUGUGAUUCAGGUGUUCCAAUCCCCUCCAUAUCAUGUGAUUCAGGUGUUCCAAUCCCACUCCAUGGACACAGGUGUAACAAUCAAGCCCCUAGGCAUGCAGACAACGCUUCUACAAAACAUUGGUGAGAAAGAAUGGGACGCUCUCAGGAGGCUCAGUGACUCCAAGCGUGGACCCCGUGAUAGGUGGCCACCUGGCAAAUAAGUCCAUCCGUGACAUUUCCUGUGGCUACUCAAAUAUUCCACGCUCAACUGUUUAGUGGGAUUAAUAACAAAGUGGAAUGCAACUGGACACAACAGCCACUCAGCCACCAAGUGGUAGACCACUGUCACAUGACAGGGCGGGUCAGCGCAUGCUGAAGCACAACAUCCUUGCGCAGAAGUCACCAACUGUCUGCAGAGUCAAUAUGUUCCCCCCUAAAGAACCUCCAAACCUUGGUCGUGGCCUUCAGAUAGCCCAAUCCAACAGCGGCGUAGAGAGCUUCAGUUUGGAAUGGGUUUCCAUGGCCGAGCAGCUGCAUCCA